AUGCCUCGUACUUCCCACGAAGAGAGGCAGCCUCUUCUCGCCGAUGAGCGCGCGACUCGACAACGCGCUGCCUCGAAUGCCUCCUCCAAUCGGCCCAAGUCGACGCGCUCCUUUGCCCGCGCGGCGCAUCACCUCAAGCACCACUGGCCAGUGCUGCGCCUCCUGGCAGUGGCCCUGCUAUGGGGUAUGGGCAACUAUGGCGCAGCUCCCUCCUACCUGGACGGCCUUCGCGCAUACACAUGCGCCUACCACUACUCGAAGCAUCCCGAACUCUUGCCUACCCAUCCGCAUCCUCCGCUGCCACGCGACCGCGACCGCCCAUGCGCCGUGUCGGGCGUAGAAAGCAGAGUCGGCAUCGUCGUCGCGGCAGCUACCAUGCUCAGCUUCGUCAUCUCUAGCAUCAGCAUGCUCUUCUACGGCCCACGCCUCGCGCGUUGGGGACGCAAGCCCAUGCUCGUCAUCUCGCUCGCUUCCAACAUCAUCAACUAUCUCCCAUUUGCGCUGCUUCCCUUGGGCUAUCCCUUUGGAGACAUUCCCUCCCAGCUCGCAAUCAGUCCGGCAGCCGCCAUGCUCAUCCUUCUCCUCUGCAGCUUCCUCACCGGCCUCACGGGCUUCGCCGGCCUCUUCCUCUGCGUCAUGCGCGUCAUGAUCGUCGACGUCGCACCUCCCACCCGCCGCACCGUCAACCUGAACUGGCUCAUCAGCGCAACCCUCUGCGGCGCUUUCUUCGGCCCGCUCCUCGCAGCCUGGGCACUCGAUACUAAUGUCAAGCAUCGCACCCACGCCAUGCUUGUUCAGCUCGUUGGCGCUCCCACCAUUCGCUCAGAGCUUCCCUCGGACCCCAUGACGCCGCCGCCCAUCCCAGGAGCCCCGCAGUCCCCGUCCAAGCACGGAAACCCCGCCGCACUCGUGGCUUGUUGCUGGGUCUUCCUCCUCGCCAUCGCCUGGACCGUUCUCAUCGUACCAGAGACAAGACCCACCACAGCGCAAGCAUCCGCAUCGCACUCCACGGCAGAAUUCACGCCCUCUCGUGCAAAUGCGGCCCGAAGCGCCGAGGACGAUGGCGCUUCGACACAUGGCUCGCUUUCACCCUCUCGCAUCCGAGCACGGAGAGUACUCGGCCCGCUCUCCAUCUAUCUGCCGCAGGUGACUCACGACGGCCGCAAAGACUACCGCCUCACCUGGCUCGCCUUCGCCGGCAUGUUUGCCAACAUCGGCACAAACGCCCUCCAGUAUGUCGCCAUCUUUGCCGGCUACAAGUUCGACUUUACGCCCGACGCCAUAGGCCUGCUGCUCGGCCUCAUUGGCGCCACACGCGCGGUGUGGUUGAUCGUCGCAAUUCCGCUGCUCGUGCUGCUGUUGGAGCGCACAGUGCGCAAGCCCAGCCGCAUCGCUUCCUUGUCGCCGCAGGAACUGGAAGUGCUCGCAAAAGCAGGACUCAAGGAUCCCGACCUCACCCAGCCAGCAGGUCGCCUGGCGGAAGAGCUUGAGAACGACGGACUGGCGCAACCAGCACAGCCUCUUCGGCAAGAUCCACUCGACGAGACUCCGGCUGAUGCACCCAACGAAACAAUACGCGCCGUGGUGCUGUGGCGCACAGCCAUCGAUUUGGUGAUCGCCAAGAUCUCCUACUUUGCUGACGUGGUGGGCUAUCUGGUCGUGUUUGUCUCUGCGAGCUUCUCCAAUGCAGCGGUCAUGAUCUUUGGCACGCUCUUCCUCUCCUUUGGUGCGGGGGCAGGACCUGCUGUGGCCUCCGCCGCCAUCGCCAUCAUUCAGGACAUGAAACGUGCCGGUCAUCCGUCUCUGCAUCCCAGCUUGCAUCCUUCACCCACAGACGAUUGGCUCGCUGCCCUCUCCAUCUCGGACAACAUCGUCAACGGCAUCAGCCCCAUCCUCAUCAGCAUCGUCUACAGCCUCACCAUCGAGACCGCUCUCCCUUCGACGUGUUUCCUCAUCCCCACCCUCGGCUACGUCCUCUCCUUUGCUUUCCUCGCCUUGGCCAAGUCUCCAUCCAUCAGUUGA